AUGAAUUAUGCUAAUCCAUUUUCUUUAUCAUCUCAUACAAGUUUUCUAAGUCCCAAAGAAAACCCAAGUAUUUUAACUAGCUUUCUCUCUUAAAAUUAAUCAAUUAGAUCAUUCUAAUCAAUUCCUACUAAGUUGAGUUUCAUAUACCAUCAAAAAAAUCCAAAGAAAACAAAUUAUCUAUCUCCAAGAUCUAAGAUCGUGACCUUGCAUGAAGAUAGAAAAUUAUAAAAUAAGAAUUAAGAAAGAGUUAAAUAUGUUUCAGAACAUUCUACAACACCUUAUCUAUACAUUUCAAAAAAACAUCCUAAAAUUCGUAUUCCUUUGCUUCCUAAACUAUCACCUGAACCUAAAAUGGAAGUAUAAAGAAUGCCUUAUAUAAAUAUAAUGACAGAACCAACUGCUGCAAUUGAGGAACAUAGUGAUGAAGGAAGAAGUAAUGGUGAAAAAAGUGUAGAUGAUAAGUAAUUAAUAUUGAAUACAUCCAAUAAUUUACUACAUGCUACUGAAAUCACACAGAAUUAAGAAGACUAAUUAUCAACAAGUAAACUUUCACUCAAAUCUCGUUUUAAAUUGGCAGUUUAAAAAUCAUUUCGCAAUCCUCCUAAGAAAGUAUUAUCUUAUUUAAUUAGUCAUUAUUUAAUAUCCUAAUAUCCAAUGAAUUUAAUACAUUUCAUGAAUAAGAGAGAAAAUCUAUUCAAAUUAAAUUCGAACCAGGUAAUUAAGUUUUGGCCUCUAAAUUAACAACAUUGAAAAAAAGUAAUUAGAGAAAAUAAUUCAUCCAUACAAAAGAAAUCUAAAAAUAAUUUCGUUAUAUAAAUUUUGAAUAGUUUAGUGUAUCAACUUAGGCAUUUUAAAGGAAAAUUAAUAUAAUUCAUGGCACAAAUUCUAGAAAUAUGAUAUAAUCAGAAUCUUUUUCUUUACUUCCUAAAUCAUCAAGGAAAUCUACAAGUUUUAUUUCAAAAUAAAAAAAUAAUAUUUAAUUAGAAAUCUAUGAUAAGAGAAAUGAGAAGAAUGAGGAAUCAUAAUUGCAUUAGAAUUAAAUUAAUAUAACAGUAACAUUUGAAAAUAUUGAAAAAACAGUGUAUUAAUUUAAUAAACCAAAACAUAUUUAUCAAAAUAAUAUUGCUUUUAAUGAAGAAAUCUCAGAAUUAUAAAAUGUUACACCAAAAUAAACUUCAAAAAUCCUUCCUAUAUGUUUAUUAUCAUCAAAUAAUCAUAUUUAACUUGUAUAAACUAAGAAAUUUGAUUAUAAUUCAUCUUUUAUUAAUAUGAAAACAAAAAGAUAAUCUAUUUAAUUAGGAGUAACAUAAGAUGAAGUCCAAAAACUUGAAUAAUAAAAUGAAUUCAAUAAAGUAUUAAAUUCAUAUAAGAUUAAUAGCCUGGGUUAUAUUUUAGAGUUUAUUAUCAAAAUAAAUUAUAUAAAUUGAUGUAGAAAUCUAAUUAUACAAAAGAAAAUUUAGAAGAAAUUGAAUAAAGUUUUAGACCAAAUUUUGUAUAACCUAUUAAUAAUAAAAUAAUGAAUAAUGCUUUCACAUUAAUGUCAACAAUAGAAUAGGGAAUAAGAUAUAGAAAAAUUACAAAUGAGUCAUUAGCAGAUAAAAUUUAAUUUUUAGGAAUAAAAUUAUCAAAAUAUUAAAUAUAAUCUGAAAAAUUGAUCUUUGAUUAUAAUAAUGAAACAUCUUAAGAUAAAACAGAAUCUAGCGAUGAUUCAGAAUUAGAAGUUUCUUUAAAUAACUUUUUGGAUAGUCCCUUGAAUCAUAAUAGUAAUAAUUUAAAUAAAAUUUAGUUAGAAAUAUUAUCAAAAACAAAAAACCAUCUAAAAGAAAAAGAUCUCUUUUUGAGAUAUCAAAUGAAUAAAAUAAUUAAAAUUACUUUUUUAAUGAUUUACCUUCAAAUUAAAAAUGUAAAAACUAAAUUUUAUUAUAGAAUUAUCUACAGGAACAUUAGUUAUAAUAAAUAAAAUUCGAGAAGCUUUUCACAUAACUUUAUCUAUUUAGCCAAUUUUAAAUAUUUUAGAAUCUUCAGCAAAAAAUAUGUUGUUAAGUUAUAGUGUUUCCAUUUGUGAUGAAUUUCAUAUGGAAUUAAGAUAAGAUAAAGAUCAAAUUGUAAAUUAGAAAUUGUAAAAGUUUUCAAAAAAUUUAUUUAUGAAUUCUAUGAUAUUUUAAGCAACCGAAAUAAGAUAUUCUUAGAUUUUAAUUGGAAGAUAUCUAUGCUCAACCAGAAUGAUUGAUGUUGAACAUUAAGAUCCUGUAGUUUAAACUAUGAAUUUAGAAAAAUAAGAAAAAAAUGAUCAAUAAUAAUCUAAUCAAUUACAACAACGAUUCUCAUAGAUUAAAAGUCAGAAAAAAAUUUCUAGCAAAGACUCUUUUAAUGAAUCUAAUAAUAAGAAACCUUAGACAGUCAUAAAAAUGAAGUAGUAAUCUAAAAGAAAUCUUAGAAAAUAGGAUUCUGUUCAAGUUAAUUAACUAAAAUAAUUGAAUAGAAAAGCUGUGCAAUCAGGAGAUUUUUCAAAUACUCUAUAAAAGUCAAAUUAAUAAAAUUCCAAUUUUUUCACUUAAACUUCAACUGUUUUAAUAACAAAACCUACUUAAAUAUCUUAAUAAUCUGUGUUUAGGGUUAUGAGUUCAAAACAUAUUGAUUUAAAUAGUUCUUAAUAGAAUAUAAGUUCUUCAUUAAGUUCUUCAUAAAAUGAAGAAACACCUUAAUCUGUUUAAGUUUUAAACACACCAUAAACAUAAUAACAAUAAAUAUUCUAAGCAUCCAAUUAAAUAUACUCUAGUCAAAAUCUACAUAAUUUGGAUGAAGAUUCUCAGUAAGAUUUAUAUGUGUUGUAUAAUUCUCGUCAUUAAAUUAAGAAUAUAGUAUUUAUAUUUGAAUAAUAUUAGAAUUGCUUAAGUAUGUACAUGAAUUCAUUAAGAAUGAGAACUCAAAUUAUGGAAUCUUCAAGAAAAUAAAAAUUAGAUUAAAUUUAAUAAAUUAAAUUGGCUAUCAAAGAUCAUAAAUAUACAGAAGUAAGUUAAUUUUGAAUAAUAAAUAAUAGUUUAUUGAUAAUAUCUAAUUUAUUCCUGAAACUCAAUUAGAAACUCCUAUUUAAAAUGGAAAUACGUUUCUUAUAUUAGCUGCUUAAUGUGGAUGUAUCGAAAUUGUACAUGAGCUAAUAAAAAGAGGUGCAGAUAUCAAUAUUUAAAAUGUAUGGUAUUACUAAAGAAGGAUGAUGGCAAUACUGCAGUUCAUUUAGCUUUGGCAUAUGGGCACUAUAAGAUAGCGGAUUUGUUAAUAGAAUCAGGAGGAAGUACUCAUAUAAUAAAUAGAAAAGGAUAAAAUGCAUGGGGAAUAUUGUGA